UUGUGAGGGAGACUUCUAGUUUCAAAACCUCUCAUGUGACUCAUGUGAGUUUUCGAUGAGUCCUGGGCAACAUUCCAUGACCGCGGUGACCACGAUGGAUUUGAAAGAGAGGGCUUUGUCGGAAGCGCCCCGACUAGCAUCAAAGUUGGAGGGGGUCAAAGAGCUGUACACCAAAGAAGUUUUGUCUUCUCCUGAUGUCUGUGUGGCCUACAUUCUUAUAACACUUGCGCUUCGGCAUGGCCCGGACCGUGCUGUGGCGGGCACUCGCGAAAAGGAAAAGAACAAGGUUGGCAAAGGACAUGUUGAUGUGCCCGAAGAAGAGCCUUACUACUCAGCCAGGCUUAGCCACCUCGAGGUUCAGCGUGUUCUUGGACAUGAUGUGAUUAGUGAUCGCGCCCUUUCUCGGCUUGAGUUGAACAGAGAUUCAACUAUCCACGAUUUCUGGCUGAAAGCCCGGUGUUGCAAGGUUCCAGACUAUGCAUCUGCGUGCUUGGAUGCCUUCUAUGCAGGAUUGCGACCUUUGCGGCUCAUGUUUCGAAUCCCUGAUCCAACUGAACUCCUUGCCAUGCAGGCUGAAGGGGCAAGAUGUGUAAGCGCUUUGGCAUCACCCAAGCUGUUGACCCAGGUGUUUGGUCACCGGGAUUGCUUGGAGAUGCUGUUGCAUGAUCUAGCACACAUGGAGAAGUUUGUGGAAGCGGGACGGUUUUGGCAACAAGUUGGCUUCUUUGUGUUUCUCCAAGCCAGUGUUGCACCUUUUCACAUUCAGCAACGACAAGCUCUUGGCAGAAGAUGGGAGCUGUCUUGGAACUACGUAUCGUCAGACAUGAAUGCAGUCGCAAAUCAUAUGCUGAUGACUCUGAAGUCCCAGCUCAUGGUUGCGAUGGCACGGAGAACUUGGCUGGAUGCUGGGUUUCCAGAUGACGCCAAAGCUGAUGAUGAGCUUUCGGCUGUUAAGUCCGAUGUUUAUCCUCGUGCAAGCAUGUCGGAAUGGAAACCUUCUUUGGCUGGUUGCGGGUUGCUGGAUCAAUUUGAGGAGACUUUUCAAGAAGCAUGGCGGGGUGUGCUUUGUGCACAUGUGAGAUAUGUCAUGGAGAACUUUCAUGACGUGUUCGGAGCAGAUGAUCAUGCAGAAGGUUUGUUCUCUCCUUCCUUGUCGGACAGCUCAUUUGCUUCAUGGCCACGCCCAUCUGCAGCCCACUUCAUAAGGGCUGCCACUUGCAGCGAUCCUUUAGCAGCAGACAAGGCAGCCAUUAUUGCACACUUUGAUGAGCUUGGCCGCAGAUCGUGUCAAAAUGGUUCGCAGCAUGCCGUGGGGAAGGAGUUCGUUUCUUGUAGAGAAUUGUCGAACAUGAGUCAUGAGAUUCAGAAAUGGACUCAGAGGGCUCUGAUCAGGUGAACAAGAACCGACAAUGUGCGGGGAGAUUGCUCAAGAAGAUGCUAUGAAGGAAGCUGUGCUUUGCAAUUGUUGAGGCGGAAGAG